AUGUCUGCCAAAUACAACAUUAAUCCGACAGCAGGGGAGCACUUCUUACAGCCUCGUGAGGGUCUCCAAGCCAUGGGCAACCUCUUGAGCAGUCUCGCCGAUGGUCAUCUGAAGUCGAGGAGUGUAGUGGUCGCGAAUAUCUCUGACUGGCAAAACUAUCUCAGCGCUGCUGGUCUACCACGAGAGGCUCCAAUAUGGGCUCAGCUCCUGCCUAAACCUGGUCCUGGUUGGGUUCCUAGCAUUGGUCAGGUGGCCGCAAACUGCAGAUUGGGAUGGAUGAUCGAUCAUGCAACGGAGGGCGGCGUUGUUGUGCCCGCGACGGCGAUGAUUUUAUGGCUCAUAGGAUACCCUAGAUCCGCCACUGGUGUUCUUGAGAAGGUGGCCUUCCACAAAGUGCUUUGGAUUGACAAAGGCCAUCAUAUCGAAACAACGCGCGGUGAAGUCCGGGAUGGGGAAACUGUGUACGCCUCUGCGACCAGGAAAGAGAGCAAGCGUGUUGGCCCUAACUACGUACGUCGAGCUCUGACAGAAUCAAGCUCCAGAUCGGGCGACAGUUGGAAUGAGGUUGAUGUUGCUGAUCUUUACCAGCAUUUCGCUGAUGCGGGGUUCCCCUAUGGCCCAUCGUUCAGACUGUUGAGGUCUGCCAAACGAUGUGAGGGCAUUGUCGUGGCCACGGUGAGCGAUGGACGACACCUGGCCGCCGUGAUGGAUGCGUGCACUCACGCUUGUGCACUACUGGACCCUUCCGCCUUCGGCGGGUACCCCAAAGCCAUUCGAUGCGUCCAUUUCGAGACGGGAACUUCUGACGGCAAGGGCUGCACUGACUGGGAAGUCGUGGUGAAGAAGUCAGAGGUCAACGUGCUGGCUUGCAGCUUCGACUUGGUCUUGCACCAACCGAGUUCUGGACAGUGGAUCACGUUCGAAGGCUUCACUAUGCAGACGACGAUGCCUACGAGUAGCCUGUAUGUCUAUCGCCAGGAAAAAGCUCAUACCCUCGGUACCGACGACGUGAGGAGCCGCAUUUUGAACUCGCGAAUCAUGCGACCAAUGAUCGGCCCAAUUGACAUCCCUGAUGAACACAGUGUUCCCCAAGAAUACGGUGAAUACGUCAUAACGCCGUCCGGUAACGGUAACUUGGAUGCAACUUUCGCUCCUGUUCGAGUUGACGGCGGCAUCGUUCCUCCCGGCUUCGUACGCGUCAGGGCUCGGUACUGGGGUCUGUCUUUCCUGGAUGCUCUCGCAGCUACCGGAGCCAUGCCCAUGUCAUUCUUCGGCGGUGAACUCUCAGGAGUAGUCACUGCUGUCGGCGAAGG